AUGCAGGAGGAUUUCGAUUACGAUGCCUAUACUUAUGAAGCUCCUAAGCGGGCUCGCUGGUACACCCGCCUGCUGCCAGCGUGCCUGAGGCAUGGAUGCCUGUCUAAUAAAAGGCAGGCAUUUCCCCUCUACUUAAUCGGGUACGACCCUGUGGGGCAACUGCAAAGGGCGGCCAGCGCGGGUGAUGUGGCUUCAGUGGAGAGAUUCAUCAACGUCCAUGGAUGCCAUGUGAAUGAAUAUGACAGGAGGGACAGAACGUCCCUACAUUAUGCCUGUGCCCACAAUCACCCAGAUGUCGUAAGAUUGUUGUUAUCCUACAGAGCCAAUAUUAACAUCCCUGAUGAUGAAGGCUGUACCCCCUUGAUUAAGGCUACCCAGAGAGACAAUGUGGAGUGUGUUUCUAUAUUACUGACACAGGGAGCUGAUCCCCAUGUGAAUGAUCUCAGUGGGAAUACAGCCCUGCACCAUGCUGUUUGCAGGGGUAACACAACAAUUGUCAGCAAACUGCUUGAAUACAAUGUAGAUAUUGAAGGCAAAACAGAGUAUGGCUUGACACCAUACAAGCUUGCAUUAUAUGAAAACCAACAUGAGAUGGCAGAAUUUUUAAUUCAGAACGGUGCUAAUAUACAUUCGGAGGUUAAGUCAAAGAGAACCACUAGUCCUGAGACAAAACCAGUAACAGGAAUGAUGUGCUUCACUUUAACACUUUCGUCUGUGAUAGUCAUUCUGUUCAAGAUGCCAGUUUCUCUGUCAUACAGUGCUCAAGAAUAUAGGUGUUUUGCACACCAGUUUAUUAAAACACUGAAACAAACUUCACCUCUUGACAAGAUGGACAGAAUAAAGGAGAAGGGCCAGCCCACUUGGAAAUCUGAAGUGAACAUGGGUACUAAACGAGAAACAAGACCUGAGAGGCCUGAAAAGAAAACAUCCCUAAUGGUUGAAAAGAAGAAGGCAGAACAUUUUCCAAAAAUUGCUGAUGAUCAUGAUAUUGCUGUGCCCCAGCCUACUGCCCACAUCGUGCCAACAUAUUCUUCAGGCAGUGGUGAUAGUGUUGAAAUUGUGGCAACUAAAAAACAGGACUUGGGCGCAGCUUGUGACACUGCCCGUGUUCUCCAGCUUCCUUUAGGUGAUGCUCUGGAUGCUAUACAGGAUGCUGACAUAAUUUUGGAUGCUGAAAAUCUAGCUGACUACACCCACUGUACAAUUGCAGGUGAAGAUGAUUAG